GUGCACGCCCGCGCGCUCCCGAGGCAGCCAGACUCCGUCAGUCAGUCAGACCGCCAAGCCACUCAGAAGGGAUUCCUGGCUGAGUUCCAGGUCGGCGCACUAAUACAAGCUGCUAGGCUCCCGCCUGACUGACGCCUCGCUCGCUCGCUCGCUCGCUCCCUGGCUGGCUGGCUGGCUGGCGGCUGCUGCUGCUGCUGCUCUCGCUCUGGCCUCUGCCGCCGCCGAGUUCCUGCAGCCGCGUCCCUUCGCACGUUAGAAGGAGGGGGAAGUGUGAGCCGCUCGCUCCAAAGAAGUUGGCGCAGUCCCGGGAAGGCGACGGCUGGGCAUCCGGCGGGAAGGGCAGGCGGCUGAGGCGUUCAACCUACGGGCAGAAUUGUUCUCUACUUGAAGAUACUGGGAUUAAAUAUAUCCAGCAAACCCCAGAGUAUGUGGAGAAAAGGCUGAUUUUGAAGGAGUAUCUCUUCAAGUAGUGAGAUUCUUCAUUAAAGAAAAAGAAGUUGAAUAAUUGAAAUUAUACCAGUAUUCUCGGAUUCUUAUGCACUCCAGCACCCCUAUAAGUUCUCUGUUCUCCUUCACCAGCCCAGCUGUAAAGAGGCUAUUGGGCUGGAAGCAAGGAGAUGAAGAGGAAAAGUGGGCAGAAAAAGCUGUUGACUCCUUGGUAAAGAAGCUGAAGAAAAAAAAAGGUGCCAUGGAGGAACUGGAGAGGGCACUUAGCUGUCCUGGGCAGCCCAGUAAGUGUGUGACAAUCCCACGCUCUUUGGAUGGAAGGCUGCAAGUAUCUCAUCGCAAAGGUUUGCCACAUGUUAUUUACUGCAGAGUGUGGCGCUGGCCUGAUCUACAGUCUCAUCAUGAGUUAAAACCUCUGGAAUGCUGUGAAUUCCCAUUUGGCUCGAAGCAGAAAGACGUCUGCAUUAAUCCUUACCAUUAUCGAAGAGUGGAAACCCCAGUGCUACCUCCAGUGUUGGUUCCAAGACAUAGUGAAUUCAACCCACAUCUUAGCCUCCUUGCGAAAUUCCGGAACACGUCUCUCCACAGUGAGCCACUGAUGCCUCACAAUGCAACUUACCCUGAUUCUUUCCAGCAGCCUCCCUGUACCCCUUUCCCAGCAUCCCCCAAUAUGUACCCUCAGUCACCAAGCAGUAUGAGCUACCCAGACUCCCCAGGAAAUUCUUCUGCACCAGGGAGCCCUUAUGAGCUCAUAGCUGAUACACCUCCUCCACCUUAUAACAUGAGAGAAACAUCACGAAGCCACAAUGGAUGUCCUGUACAUGCAGUUAUAGAGAGUCCAUUAGUGCUGUCACUGCCCAAUGGAGACUUCCGCCCUGUUUGCUAUGAGGAACCACAGCACUGGUGUUCAGUUGCAUACUAUGAACUUAAUAACAGAGUCGGAGAGACUUUUCAGGCCUCUUCUCGAAGUAUACUAAUAGAUGGCUUUACAGAUCCUUCAAACAAUAAGAACAGAUUCUGCCUUGGAUUGCUAUCUAACGUUAACAGGAACUCUACUAUAGAAAACACCAGAAGGCACAUAGGAAAAGGUGUUCAUCUGUAUUAUGUUGGAGGAGAAGUAUAUGCAGAGUGUGUGAGCGACAGCAGCAUUUUUGUACAGAGCCGCAACUGUAACUAUCAGCAUGGUUUCCACCCAGCCACUGUCUGCAAAAUCCCCAGUGGAUGCAGCUUGAAGAUUUUCAACAACCAACUCUUCGCUCAGUUGCUUGCCCAGUCAGUUAACCAUGGCUUCGAGGUGGUGUAUGAGCUAACCAAGAUGUGCACCAUCCGGAUGAGCUUUGUUAAAGGCUGGGGAGCAGAAUACCACCGCCAGGAUGUUACAAGUACUCCAUGUUGGAUUGAGAUCCAUCUUCAUGGACCUUUGCAGUGGCUAGAUAAGGUGCUGACACAAAUGGGUUCCCCACAUAAUCCAAUAUCCUCUGUUUCAUAAGAAUCAUCUCCACACACACAAUAGGGGACAAGUACUGCAUUCUGGCCUUGGCUUGUGGAAUUCUCCCUUCAAUUUCUGUAUAUAGCUGUAAAUAUGAUUGUAGAUAUAUAUAACACACUAUUACUGUUUUUCAUGCUGUAUUACAUGUUUUAUUAGUUAAUAAGAUUGCAAAAAGUGCAGUACUUUGUCGUUGUAUUCUGUCUAUUAAUGAAGCCAUAGAAAUAUGCCUAGCUGCCUACUUUUUCGAAUGGAACGAGACCAGUGUUGCUUGCACUUUGUAAAAAUAUAUAUAUUAUAUCAAAGUUAAAUUCUGAAAAUAAUAAUGCUGAUUUCAAAUGGAGCAAGUGGUAGCUUUGUUCAGACUGGCAGUUUAUUGAUAACAUCAAGCAGGUGCUUCUGGAAACUUAGAACAUUGUGAUUAUGGUUCUUCAUUUUGUUCCUGACAUGUGGAUUUAAACAUAAAACUAUAUUGUUUGUAAUUAUAAAGGUUACAUUUUGCACAAUUGAGUAACAAUUAUAAGCCUGCAAAUGCAACCUUCUCUAAAUACCAUCUCUGUCAUUGGUUUGAAAAGAAAGCUGAGACUGAAUGAGGCUCUGUGAUGUAAAAAACAUUAUCCAGUUCCAAGAAUUACUAAAAUAUGUUGUUCAAUAUUGAUGAAGCAGGGUGGCUAAAAGGCAAUAUAAAGCUGCUAUGGUUAAUAUUUUUGAAUUCUAUUGUUUGUAAUACCCAGAAUGAUUUCUAUCCAGCUAGCAGGGCACUGUAGUCCUUCACACAUGUUACAAUUGCAAUGGAAAGGAAGGAGUAUGCAAUAUAUUAACCCCAAGACAUUAAUACUUGCCCAUAUGUUAUGGACUUGAUAGUAGAAAUGUAUAGUUGACCAGUGGUAAUUGCAAUUUGCUUAAUACAAAACAUGUUUCUAUCUUCAGAUUCAUAUGUUGCCAAGCUUCAUUCAGACUCCUCAAAUUCAUCAUUUACAGAAUAAAUACUGUAUACCAUUUCAGUAAAAAUACUACUUCUCUUCCUCCCACGUCUUAAUUAUUGAUAAGUAUAAUAAAUGAGAGCAAUUGUUAUAAACAAUGAACCUGAGUGGAAGGUAAUUAAUAUAUUGUUAAUAUAUGCUAGUCUUUGCUUCAGUUUAUAUAUUAAUUAUUUGAUCAGUCACUUUGUACAUAAUAUUGAAUGAUUAAAAAAAAUACACUGGAAUAGCCCAAAAGUAGUAGUCGUUGCAAAAGGGAUCAAAUUUAAUAAGAUCAAGUUUAAUAACAAACCUGAAAAUACAUUUGCCAGAAGAGAAAAAUCAUCUGAUAGCAGUUAAAUAUUUAAGUCUAAAUAUAACAUCUGUACAAUUUUGCUUAUCAGAACAUUAGUUUAGUUAGGUUUCUUGCCCUUGAAUGUACUAUUACCAAAUUAAUUUUUUAAAAUUAUUCUUCCUUUGGACUAACCCUGUCCAAAUCCGAUCCUUUGACAGAUGAAUACCUCUCCUCCAUUGUUAACAUAGAAGCAAGUGAUUUAGAGAAAAAUAGGUUCAUGACAUCAGAUUGUACAAUCAAAACACCUGAAAGAAUAAGAGUGGGAUUUAGGUUUCCUGUAUGUAUGGAUUUCUGCAGAAUGUCUUUUGAAGAAUUAAAGAUUUGACAGGAGAUAAGCUUUUGAAAAUUGAUAAAGACUGUAGCUUCUGUACGAUCAGAAAAUUUAUUAUUCAAUUGCAUUGUUAAAAUGUAUUAAAUAUAAUUGCAUCAAAGGAUAGCUUCAUAGCACUGCCAAAGUGGGAUCCUAUAAUAAAUAACCUGACAGGUAAAUAUAAUUUGUGACCUCUGAACUAUAAUCAGUUUUAUUAGAUAUAUAAAAUAUUUAUUUUUACUUACAGAUAAAUACAGAUUUAGGUGCAGCUGGAAGAAAACUCUAAACUAAGAUAAUAAAAUUACGAGAAAGCUACCAAGGGAUGUUCUAGUUCACUUUGCAAGAAAAAUAACAAGGGAUCAGGUUCUGGAUUGCCAUUAUAAAGUACAGAUUGAAAAUGAAAAUAUAGAUACUACUGUUUUGAAGGAAAUUCCAGUCAGGAUUUUGAGAAAAACACUGAUAUCCUGAAGCAGAGAAAAUUUUUAUUCCAUUGGGAUAGAUUGGAAAGGGUGAUGCUUACCUACUAUGAGCAAAGAUUUAGGCUGAAUUCCAUAGAGAAAGCUAAGGAUUUAUUGAUCAGAUGUAAGUUAAUUCCAGAUCCAUGUGGCGAAAUAGGGAUGGAAAAGAAGUUAGUGGUCGAGCAAGACCCUAAAGUUGGCACUGAAGAAAAAGACAUGGCAGAGAGAAGAAAGAAAGAAGAAGAUGUGGCCAAGGUAGUUGUACAGGAAUCUAUUAUGGUGCUUAAAGAUGGAGAUUAAGUCUAUCACAUGGAAUAUAAAUGGAGCAAAUACUCCAUCUAAGCCAGGGGGAGUAUUCACUUAACUUCGCUGCCAGUUUGCAAAUAUGAGCGCGCGCACCUCCUCCGUGCAUGUACAGAGCCUUCUGCGCAUGCGCAGAGGGUCAGAAACAGGACGUGAUGACAUCCAGGGGAUGGGCAGAGUCUUCCACAGCUGGUGCUACUGGAUUGUGUAAUUCGGAUAGAACCGGCUGAAUUUCACCACUGAUCUAAGCGUAAACAAUUAUUUCACUAUUUGAGGAAACUUAAUUUGGACAUAGUCUGUCUUCAAGAAACACAUAUAAAGAAACAAGACAAGAAAUAUCUAUAAAUAAAUAAUUAGGAGAAGAAUUAAUAUCAGCUGGUGUAAAAAAGAUUAGUGGAAUUGUUUUAUAUAUAAAACCCAAUUCAAACCUAAAUUACUUAAGCAGAUGAUCAUGGUAAAUUUAUAGCAGUGGGAAUAGAAAUUAACGGGAUUAAAACAAUAGUGAUGGGAGUGUACAGGCCAAACGAUGAUAGAAGCAAAUUUUUUGAUCAUCUAAUAGAUCAGUUGCUACCUUUUUCGUAUGGAAGGGAUAAAACUGAUUUAGAAAAAACGGGGGAAAUAUAUUUGUUAUAAGCUGCGUGUGCAUGACAUACUGAACCACAAACUAGCCAGUCAUAUUUAGCCUAGUGAAUAAUGCAAACCUAGCCUACUUGUCCAAUUUAGUUCAAUGAAUUAUGUAAAUAUAAGAAAUUUGGUUGGGUAAACUAUGGGUAACUUUACCUCAGUGUUUUGUGUGAACACGGUCAUAAACUAAUCAGUGAGUAAUGUAUGUUAGGAUAUGCAUUCAUAGUAGUUCCUUAGUUUAUACACUUGUGAACAAUUUAUAAACAUAUCAAACAGUGGUGUUUCAAAUAAAAAUCUCGGUGACAUCUACUUCAGUGUGAUAUUUUCAACCAAUGUGGGACAGAAGUAGUUUAAAUCCUUAUUAAUAUAUGAUUAUUAUAAGCCCGCUUUGUUUUUCUGGAGUAGUAGAAUAUGAACUAAUAAAACGGGGGGAAAUAGUUAAAUAUCCGCAUACAGCCUAUGUAAAAGAAGUGUCCUAGGAAUUUGUAAACCUAGAACUCUCAGCCCUGAAACAUGGGUAAAUGCAACACAUACUGUACAGAAAAAUAUUGACUGCUAAAUUAUAUUUGGAAAAUAAUCAUAUGAUUACUUUUCAGAAUUCAGCUAAGACUGCCUGCAUAAAAAUGAUCCGUUUAGAUAGAUUUUUCUGUGUCCAAAUGUUUUUAUAUAACUGUUACAAUUUGUAAAUUUAAAACUAUUAAAUGUGUUCGUAAAUAUGCCAUUCCUUGAAAUAGUCUACUGGAAAAUUUAAGUCAUUUGGCAGAAAAACCAUUUAUCAGCAACUAAGUUUACGGGAAAAACAUUUCUUAAAAACUGUUAUUCAAAAUGCAUUCACAAUCUUCUGGGGAACAAUCUGGAAGCAGUGAGAAACUGUAAUAUAUUCAAGACUUCACAGAAAACCAAAUGGUCUGUUAUUAUAUUUCUUUAUUAAGAAAUCUAUAGGAAAAAAUUGACAUCAGUUUUUAUUGAUUAAAAAUUGAACCUUAUUAAUGAUUCUGAGGCUUCCUUAUACAC